AUUUCAGCAGUGCGUUCUCUAUGGCAGCCGCUUCGGACGCUCUUCCGUCCUGUACGACUUGCUCUAUGGUGCUGUGAGAGUGAAGCGCCGCACACAGCCUGGAUAUUUGGCCCGAGACCUGUAGGCGCUCUGCGCUCAGUGACUGUUCGUCUCUAUGGUGCUGCGUGUAGUGCAUGGAGACCUGGCUUGAGAGCGAUGCAGGCGCUCUGCUCAGCGGCGGGUCCGUCUCUAUGGUGUCGCCGAUGACAGCCGCCUUGUUUGACGCAAAAUUGCGCCCGCCGUGUCCAUGGAAAUCAUGAAGACGACGUCGGCGGCGAUGUGCGGAGGGGAGAGCUCGGGGAUCCCGGGCCUGGGCAGCGUCAUCUCUGUGACACCGACCCUGUCGUGGCUGCCGGAUAGUGUUCUAUUGGAGGUCCUGAGCUUCCUAUCUGUGCGGGACCUGAUCCGGAGCUGCAGAGUCUGCAAAAGGUGGAAGAGGCUGGUCCUGGACAAAUCUCUGUGGAGAUACGUUGACCUGACACCCUACAAGCUGAAUUCGAAGAUAUUGUGGCAUCUAGUGAGGCACUGGCUCGGAACCAGCCUACAGACACUGAAGCUCAAGGGUCUCUUACAUUCAGUGAAGAAGCAGGAGUUCCUAACACCAGCUGUUCUCCAAGUUCUCGAAAAGCGUUAUCCCACCCUUGAAAACCUCCACCUGGAGGAAAUGAACCUCCGCUCUCUCAGAUAUGACUGUUUACCAUCCACUUUGAAGACGCUGGAGCUGUCGCAGUGCGAGAUCCCACUAACCUGGUUCAAAGCAUCACCCACCAAAAACAGAACUGUCCCAAAAUUAGAGAAUCUUAUAGUGAACAAUGUUUCGUCCUUCUCCAGCCACCACUUUGAGACCAUCUGCAGUCAGUCAGCACUUAAGACCCUCUACCUUUCAGGCACCUACAGAGUGCAUGAUAUUGGUAUUCAAAAAGCAAUCCCUUACCUUAAAAGAUUAGAGCACUUAAAACUUCACGACUGCAACAUAACAGACAUCACUCUGCACUUAAUAGGCUGCCACUUGAAGCACUUACGGGCCUUGGCACUGACAGAUUUCCGCUCUCUGACGGACGCUGGGCUGGCGUGCCUGGCCGGUGUUAAGACACUGGAGAAGUUGUGGCUGGAGUACUGCUUCUGUUUUUCCUCAAACUCCAUUAUAGCGGUGUGUGUUAGCUUGCCCGCCCUAAACUAUCUCAACCUCAAUGGAAUCUUUUUCGAGACUAAAGGCAUAGACGAGAUACGGAAAAGCCUCCCCCAUUGUGUGGUCACUAACUCAUUCCCUGAAAUGGAUUCCAUGCUCAAGCGUAAAUGAAAGCAUUGGCAAGCUUAUCUAGCGAGAAGAUAUGGUGUAAGCUGUGCCACUCUUAUCUGCAAGUUUUACCAAGUCUAUUCCCUUUGUCUGGCUUCCUCCUGUUAUUUAUACUGCUAAUGUAGUUCACAGAUAUAUUUAUGUGAAUGUUUCUGGUGCUUAUCAGAGCGAUGGUGUGUGAGCUUCAGCUGUGAUGGUGGUUGGCACGAUUUCCACUAUGCACUACAGACCUGUCAAUGUAAAGCAGAAUCUUGGCCUGUCACUGGUUCCUAGUGAAUUGACCAGUUGCAUUAUCAUGAAUAUUGGCUUAGCCCAAGCACUUUGCGUAGGGGACGGAUGUGCUCUAAUGGGGUAAUUAACUUUAGCAUGCGUCUAAAUCCGCUUUUCCCUUUAAAGGGAAAGUGGCUGAGUUCCUCGCUUGGGACCCCAUACUUCUGCCAGGCCCUUUAGGAGCUGUUUGGGUUCUGUAGCAGAAGAGAUCCAAUCCUAGUGAAUGAAAGCUGUAUGCUGCUUGCAGGAUUGGCUGAACUGGGCCAAUGUCUUACUAGGAACAAGGGAGAUAUGGGCACAAUACUAUUGCGGAUAUCUCUUUAGGAACACAUAGGGAGUGGUUUUCUCGAAGACUAGGAUAAUAAUGAUAGUCAUAGGAAUAGUAAUGGUGUACACAAUCUUGUCCUGAUAUCGUAUGGUUAGUUUGACAUGUAUAUAUUUGUGAAUGUGACGACCUGCCUGAUGUUCACUGUUCUCCAAUAAACAGGACCUUCUGCCUUGGCAUGGCAUAGGAGUAUUUAAAA